UUAUCAUGACGACGACGCUCAGCAUCCUCUCCUGCCUGCUGGCAGUGCUCAUUCAGCAAGGACAGGCUCUUAACUAUGGGACAUGCAAUGCUCCCACAUGCCCAACGGACACGGUCUUUGAUAGCUACAACUGCGCCUGUAACACCAACCGUGAUGCUGUGUGCCCCGAUGGCUACGGACCCAUUGUGAAGGGACACGGGCUCUGUGCCUGCGAGAAGCUAAUGAUUCCGUUCUGCAAAGCUGGAUUCGAGUUGAACACCAACACAUGCAGCUGUAGCCUGAUGGAGCCUCCUACAUGCCCCCAUGGUGCUAGUCUCACUCCACACUCUGCCCUCUGCAUUGGUACUGCCGAUGUCAUGUGCCCACCUGGGGCCGAGCUGAAGGAAGGAUGCAUGUGCUUCAGCGCAAGGCUACGUGGGUGUCCGGAGGGUCGUCUCAGUGCCAAUGGCUGCACAUGUGAGGCUGUUGACACCGAACCACCUACCUGUGGAAAGGGCUGUCAGCUGGCUUACGAUGGAGAGUGCAGAUGCGAGUCCACCGCAAUUGAAUGUUUCUCCCACAAUGGAUACUGUCAGGAUUACUCCUACCAUGUUGGGACUGUAGAGGACUGCUGCUACAAUCCUCUCCAAGAGAGGUCAUACAGAAAUUCCAACGGAGAUUGUAUAGAAUGCCCUGUGGCACGUGGAAGGUUCUUCAACUAA